UCUCAGUGUCAGGGACCUGCGCUCUGACUGGGCGAGCAUUCUCAGUACAACUUGCCUCCAGAGUGUAGUUGAUAAACGAUUCCUCUCUUUAUCGGCCUUUCACUAUAUUAUCAUAUAUCCAACAGUUCAAGGACGCUUCAGUUAAAUUAUCGUUAAGUCCGGCUGGAUGGCGGAAGCCUCCGUUACAGACGCAUCAAAGUUGAAUCCUGAGUCUGCUGAGUUUGUGCCACAAGUUAAACCCAACCAUCCACCUUUUAGAAGACGCAAUACGCAGCUGGACAACUGUCAGGACUGGAGGGCUCAUCAUGCCAAGCCACAUCAGCGAUUUAGACAGUCUAAUCAUGGGGAAAAUGUGUUUGUAAACUCUGAGAACAAUGCACUACCCCCUCCUGAACUUUCCAUCAGAGGAGGCGUGAGGGGAGGCAGAGGCGGGAGACAGAGAGGUGGACGAGGUGAUGCUAGACGAUAUACUGAGCAACGUCCCCAGUGUGAAAGAUGGACAAAACCUUCAAGUGAUACCGACUGCCCAGGAAGGGAGCGUGGAGCUGGUCAUGGUCAGCUACCCCACACCCCCAGUUCUAGCAGAUCCAUAGAUGGGGAGAGGCAGGAAAGACUACCUGUAGAGGCUGACACAAGAAAGUCUUAUCAAGGCAGCCGACAGAAGAAGCCCAAUAAAGGGAGGGAUGAGAGAUCUAUAAAGGAGCCUCUUCCCAGCAAUAGGGAGGAGAACCAGGCUUCUGGAGAAGUCAAGAAGCCUGUUGGGGCUAGAGAACAUCCAGAACUAAAGCCUGACCAGAGUAACAACAAGGGAUGGAGAGUUGGAGACCGGCGCCUGCAGACCAAUUUCCAUAAAAAAGGAUCUGUGCCCAAUCAUGGGAUUCAGGGAAACUGGAGGGAAAGAGAACCCACUCAGAAUAGAGAGGAGGAAAGGAGAGGUGUAGAAGGGGAGCUUGGUAUAGAGGACAAAUCAAACUGGAGUGGAAGAGGUGGGAAAGGGAAAAAAACAUUACUGCAGAAUCCAGGGCUGAGGAGAGAUGGAGGUCGCGGUCGAAGAACAGGACCAGUGAAACGCAUGGAGCCACCCAAGAGCAAAGAAACACAGACAGGCUGUUUAAUUGAGCAGCUGACAGAGGAGAAGUAUGAGUGUAUGGUCUGUUGUGAGGUAAUUCGGCUCAUGGCCCCAGUUUGGAGCUGUCAGAGCUGUUUUCACGUAUUCCAUCUUAACUGCAUCAAGAAAUGGGCUCGCUCACCUGCGUCUCAAGCUGAUGAUGGCAGUGAAGGCUGGCGUUGUCCUGCAUGCCAGCAUGUGGCACUGAAAGCCCCAAAUGCCUAUACUUGCUUCUGUGGGAAGGUGACCAAUCCUGAGUAUCAGCGAACUGAGAUUCCUCAUAGCUGUGGAGAUAUGUGUGGAAAGAAGAGGAGUGGAGGGGAAUGCAACCACCCCUGCAAUAUCUUGUGCCACCCAGGGCCCUGCCCACAAUGUCCUGCUUUUAUCACCAAGUCCUGCGUUUGUGGGAGAAUGAAUAAGCAGAUGCGUUGCAGUCAGACAGGACCUUUGCGCUGUGAAGAAGUCUGUGGGGCUCUGCUCAACUGUUCAGAGCACUCCUGUGCCCAGGUGUGCCACUCAGGGCAAUGCCAACCCUGCCAACUUCUUGUCCAACAAGCAUGCUUCUGUGGCGUGGUAUUCAGGAAGGUGGCUUGUGGGACUGAUCGUGAGAGUUUUGAUGGAUCAGGAUAUUUCUCCUGUUGCAAGCCAUGUGGAAAGAUGCUAGACUGCCAGUCCCAUCGCUGUGAGCAGUCAUGCCACCCUGGACAGUGCCAGCCAUGUUCACGCAGCCCUAGGCUGGUCCGCAGCUGCUCGUGUGGGCAGACUCCUCUCUCUAAGCUUCUAGAGCUCGGCUAUCCAGAGAGAAAGACCUGUACUGACUCGAUCCCCUCCUGUGGCAAGACCUGCAACAAGCCACUGCCAUGUGGGGAUGCCGGUUCAGUCCACCUGUGUGAAAAGUUCUGCCAUGAGGACAGCUGUGGACCCUGCUCUUUGACCUCCACUAUUAAAUGCAGAUGUGGCAGUAACAGCAAGGAAGUUUCUUGUGCAGCAAUUCAGACUGAAGAAGACAUGGUGUUUACCUGUGAGAAACGCUGCAACAAGAAGCGCUCCUGUGGCAGGCACAAGUGUGGAGAGUUGUGCUGUGUGGAUGUGGAGCAUAACUGCUCAAUGAUUUGUGGCUACAAGCUCAACUGUGGUCUGCACCGGUGUCAAGAGCUUUGUCAUCGUGGCAACUGCCAGCCUUGUUGGCAAGCCAGUUUUGAUGAGUUGCCGUGUUACUGUGGGGAGACUGUGCUGUACCCGCCUGUCCCUUGUGGAACCAGACCUCCUGAAUGUAAAAACCUGUGUACACGCAGGCAUGAAUGUGAUCACCCAGUGUUCCAUUCCUGCCAUAGUGACGAGAUAUGUCCUCCCUGUACCUACCUCACCAAGAAGUGGUGCAUGGGUAAUCAUGAGCAAAGGAGUAAUAUCCCAUGCCACCUGCAGGACAUCUCGUGUGGUUUACUAUGUGAUAAGCUUUUACCCUGCGGUUCUCACCGCUGUAAGAGGAUAUGUCAUCGUGGGGAAUGCCAGGCUGAGGGAGACUGUAAGCAGCCAUGUGCUCAUCCUAAACCUGGCUGCGGGCACCCCUGUGGAGCUCCUUGCCACACAGGCACUCUCUGUCCACCUACUAUUUGCAGUGCCAAGGUGGCACUGCAGUGUGACUGUGGCCGUAAGAAGGAGACAAUGCCUUGUGCUGAGGCAGCCAGUUCCUACCAAAGAUAUGCAGCUAUUUCCAUGGCCAGUAAGCUGUCAGAUAUGCAGCUGGGAGAGUCAGUUGACAUUGGGCAGCUCACAAAGAAGGAACAGAAAAAGGCCAGAUUGGAGUGUGAUCAAGAGUGUGCUACACUGGAGAGAAACAGACGCUUGGCUGAGGCCCUGCAGAUUGACCAAUCAGUGGAUCCCUUUAACAAGUCCAUGUCUUCCAAAUAUAGUGACACUCUUAAGGAGGAUGCAAGGAAAGAUUUCAAGUUUGUCAGUGAUAUUGAGGAGGAGAUCAAGACUUUAGUUGAACUUGCCAACAAGGGCAAACAGUCAAAAAGGAGUCACUGUUUUCCACCUAUGAAGCGUGAACACCGGAGAAUUAUUCACGAGUUAGCCGAGUCAUAUGGUGUGGAAAGCAUUAGCUACGAUAGCGAGCCCAAAUGCAAUGUAGUGGUCACUGCCAUCAGGGGGAAAUCUGUGUGUCCUUACACUAGUCUGACUGCUCUGAUUGAAAGGGAAACUGUUACCAGAGCUCCUCCUCCUAUUGCCCACAUCAAACAACACAGCAAAUUGCGAACAAGACCAAUCUUUACAAACUGGACAGUUGUAAAGUCAUUUUUCCAAAUGGUUUGUGGAUUAGGGUAGUAUGAAGGGUUUUGGUGAGUGUAAAGUGUAUCACAACCAGUAAAAUAAUUUGUUAUUCACAUUUGUUUCAGGGCCGACAAUAGUAACGUUUGGAUGAAACCAUCUAAAGAGGAGCCAGCCAUUGAUUAUUUUGAUGUUCAGGAUUGAUAUGAGAUUUUGAAAAAUCAUUGUAACCACAUUAAAAAUAAAUGCAUGUUUGCUUGGUAGUACAAAAUCUUGUUUUAUUAUAUCUUUACAGUUCUGAUGGAUAUUUACAUAGUGAGAACCUAAAACUAUGAAUUGUAUAUCAAUUAGAAUUAGCAAAGAACAAGCAUUUAUAACUUUAAGAAUAAUGUGUUUUUGUGCACAUAGUCAGUAAACUUGAUGUUGAAUUUGAAUGUGGGCAUUGAACUUGUUGGUAGGAUUCUUACAAGUGAAUGUCUGGUUGGACAAAACCGGAAACUGAAGAACUUCUGCUGCUGGACACAAUUCAACACAACCCAUAUCCAACUGCUGAAUAGGACAUGACCACCCUGCUUUGAGGAGUAUUACCACUUACACCACCCCCAACAGCGUCUUGUAUGCAACAUAAUUUAAGAUCAAUAGUUUUCAGUUUCAGAUGCCAUUGUAGAAAUUUAGUAUUCACAGUCAGAGAUGAUUACUUUAAUCAAUGAGUCAAAUAACAGGAGGGUUACUGAGAUUAAAUGAGUAGUAUUCGGCUGGUCAUGUGAUUCUAUCAUGGCAGCCCCCAUGUGCGGACCCUCUCCAUGUAGAAUAAAACAACUUUUAUAAGA